GUAAUUGGAUGGGUGCUGGUAGUGAUAACUCGAAUAACGUGAGAACACGUCAUCGCUAUCAAAAGAGAAAUCGCAAUGAAAAUCCGGACUGGACUUUCAUGAGUGAAUGGAAGUAUUCUUCGCAAUAUCCAAAACCUCGAUUAAGCGUAUCUACAAGUGACAAAUCUUUUUUUAUUGAUGGAUUUACUUCGAUCGAACAAGAGAAACGCGUAAAAAUUAAAUUUCAAACAUUGGCUGAAAAGUUUUGCGGGAUAAUUGUUGAUUCGUCGCGGGAAAAAAAUGGAUACAUUGUUAUCUAUUUAUCCUUGAAACAUCCGCCCGAAUUGAUGAGAAUAUCAAGUUCAUCCUCACAAAGCUUCCUAAACCUCCAUCAGCUUUGGAGCGAAUUUAACGAAGACGAUUGGGUGAGAACUCAAGAUUGGACUGGAUCUACGAAUGUUUUCGGCCAAUGUUUCGUAUAUCGUUUAGUAUUUAUUAAUGAGAUACAGAAAAUAAAAAGUUUAUUGACAGGUUUGGCUGAAAGUGGUAUCACCGAUAACCCAGUACCACGGUAUCCUGUCAGAUACACCGAAUCUCGUCUGCACUCAACCGAACAAUUGGAAAAAACGGUGUUCAAAAAGUUGCCUUUUGUUAUAAACUUCAAACUGGCAUGUCUCCUGUCUCACAAUGCACUUUCUCCGCGAGAAGUGAUUGAGUAUGCAUUGGGUGAUCGAUUGAAAGAAUUGGUAGACCGUGGUGACGAAAGGUUAGCUUGGCAUGGUCUAAAUAACUUGUUGAAUCGUCAUUGGGAUCCAGCCGACCCAUUAAAUAACGAAAGACCAAUAAUGGCUUUCGAGGUGGCCAUCAGUAAUUUUAAGGGUGAUUUUUACGAGUGGUAUCCGAAUCCUAAGAUCACAAAGUCUAACAAAAGAUAUGCGUGGAUAAAUCACGCAACUGUGACGCCCACAAAAAUUUAUUUCGAAGGUCCAAUUUUCGAGACCUCGAAUCGUAUUCUGCGUAAAUACGUAGACUACACAGACAGAUUUAUGCGAGUUACGUUUACCGAGGAAAAUUUCGAAAGGUUGUUUUCCGGACCAGAUAAUAGUCUCGAGGAUAUAUAUAAUUUUAGAAUUAAGGAGAUCCUAAAAAAGGGUUUCCAAGUCGCUAGACGUCAUUACGAUUUCUUGGCCUUUUCUAGUUCGGGCCUUCGCGAGCAGUCGUGUUGGUUUGUCUCAUCCAAGGAUGAUUUUACGCCGGAUAAUAUUCGAGCGUGGAUGGGUGACUUUAGUGAUAUAAGAAUUCCGGCAUUGUAUGCCGCAAGAAUGGGGCAAGCCUUUACCAGCACAGUUGGUACAACUGAACUAGACGAAGAUCAAGUUCGUAAGAUUCCGGAUGUUAUUCGAAAUGGAUACACGUUUAGUGAUGGGUGUGGUACUAUCUCACCUGAUCUGGCAAAAAGAGCUAUUAAAGCCUAUUGGGGAGCAAGAACGGUAAAAGAAAGUGAAGUUCCAUCAGUCUACCAAAUAAGAUUUGGUGGUUGCAAGGGCGUCGUUUCAGUUGAUCCUACCCUUGAAGGUGAAAUUCUAUGUAUUCGUAAAAGUCAAGAGAAAUUUGACUCGCUUAGGUCUAAAAAUCUUGAAAUCGCUAAGGCUGUAAGAAAUCCGAUACCUGCAUAUCUCAACCGACAAAUCAUAUUGUUGCUGUCGGAUCUUGGGAUCAAUAACAGCACCUUUAUUGGGUUACAACAACAACACCAAGAUUUAAUCGAGUCAAUGAUGUGGGAUCCUGUAAAGGCCCGGGAAGUAGUCCAACGAAACACAAAUGAAUCGACCCAUAUAAGUCGAACCAUGCUUGGCAUGAUCAAUGCUGGUUUAAUAGAGGUUAACGAGCCAUUUCUUAAGGGAUUGCUUGAAGUAAAGCGAUGUUUCGCAUUAAAAAAUCUUCGCCACAGGGCUCGAAUUUCUGUCCCCAACACUUUUCUCUUGUUUGGUGUGAUGGACGAGACGGGGAUUCUAGAGGCGAACGAAGUGUUUGUGCACACUUCUACUAUCCUGAAUAAUGAUCAAACGUCGUUCGAUACGGAAGAGGAUAGUGAGGAUAGUGAGGAUAGUCAAAAAACUAAGCGCAAAAAUCAUGUGUGGGUUGGGGAGGUUCUUGUUACUAGAAAUCCUUGCUUACAUCCCGGUGACCUUUCAGUGCUGUAUGCGGUUGAUAUUCCUCAAUUGCAUCACCUGAAGAAUUGCAUUGUCUUUUCGCAAAAAGGUCAAAGACCAGCGGCUAAUACUAUGUCUGGUGGGGACUUGGAUGGCGAUGAAUUUUUCGUAAGUUCCUAUAAACAAAUUAUACCAUCGCGUACGUUUGAACCAAUGUCGUUUGAUAAGGUACCACGUGUCGAGCUUAAUCGUCCGGUAAUGAUUGAGGACGUAUGUGACUUCUUUGCGGAUUUCAUGGUGAACGACCGUCUUGGAACUAUAUGUAAUCUGCAUAUGGCUUUUGCAGACUUUAAUGAAGAUGGCGCUUAUAGUCAACAAUGUUUAAUGUUAGCAGAACUUGCCUCCAAAGCUGUCGAUUUCAAUAAGACAGGCGACGAAUAUCCUGAUUUUUUGGAGAAUAAACACCGAUUUUCUUACGAAUCCAUCAAGAUCCUUGGAAUUCUCUACCGCCGUAUAAAGGUCAACAUUCCUGAAAAAGACCCGCUUCUAAACUACAAAGAUUACGACAUCAAAGUAGACAUGACAUUUCUCGCAGAAGGUUAUGAAGAAUACAUCGAUGAGGCGAUCUCGAUGCGCGACGACUACAACUGGAGGCUUAAAUGCCUCAUGAAAAAAUACAGCAUCAAAACAGAACCGGAAAUCGUCACCUCAAAUAUUAUUCAGUAUCGAGGAGUGGAUGGAAAAAAAAUUCACGACGUUCGUGAGACGAUCUCCAUGGAAGUUGCAGUGAUAGUGCAAAGAACGCGGCUAUCUUUUCGAAAGGGUCUGGACGACGAUGAGAAUACCAAGUAUGAGGGUACCGAUGAUUUGGCAUUUAAUUCGCGUGUCCCUAUCAAGAUUACAUACGAAUCGAAAGCUAAAGCGUCCGCGUGGUAUUACGUGACGUAUAAUCGUCAUACACAUGAAAGUCUAAGUGGUAAUGGCCAGAUUUGGCAUGAAGAAGAAAUUUUUUUGAGUUUUGCGUGGACCGUCGCCGAUAUUUUGCUUGCCGCUCGUAAAGAUAAUAUCACUUCCAGAGUACAAGAUACAAGCUGGUUAUAG